CAGCUUGAUGGCCGGAGGAGAAGCCGGCGUGUAUUCUGGCUCCGGGGAACCCGUUAUAGACCGUUAUUUUGUCGCCGUUAUCACAGGAGCGAAGUGGAAGCGAACCGUUGGUGAGUCGGCCUUCUGUAGUCUGAAACCGAGGCCUCGGGACCAGCUCCACUCCUCUUCCUCUUCCUCGGCCGACUGAUGAUGGAGCCGCGAGGAAGAACCUUCACCAUCACACCGCUGGAUCUACGUCCAUCAUCUUCAGAAGGCUCCGGGGUGGAUCACCGAGGAAAGGAAGUGAGGAGGCCGCCGAGGAGACGACAUGUCCACUGACGAGGAGCCCACGGUCACAGUGAAGGCGGCUGCAGCUGCUGCUGGCUCGCCACCUACUGGGGAAUGCAGAUUCUGGGUCACCUUCAUUUCAAGCUUCGUGAUGGACAACCACCUGAACCGACACACCUACGGGUUCAUCCAGAGUCGCCUCGUCCCGUUUUACCUCCACCUGGGUUCAGCCUGCGCCUUCUUCAACCUCACCAUCUACGCCGUGUAUCACCCCAGCGACACGCUGGACGACAGAGAAGCCUUUCAGAUCUUCAUCUUCUUCGUCUCGGUGUCGGUGGCGGCCGUCAACGCCCAGUGGUUCGGCCAGAUGACGUCAGAGAUCAUGGCCGACAUGCACCUGGUGGAGCAGGCGUGCGGCCUGGGCCAGGACAUCGGGCUGUCGUCGAACCGCGAGGCGUACGCCAAGCUGUGCGACACGGACGCCAAGUACCGGCGGCUGAGCGGCCGGCUGCGGCUCUACCGGCUGCUGUCCUCGCUCUGCAACCUCUGCUGCGUCGGCUGCAACGGCUACAGCCUCUGCUACAUGGCGGAGAACCUCCGCCGGCUGUGAGCCGCCGAGGAGAACGUCAUCGUGACCUCUUCUUAGGCAUGAAAUGUUAAAAAUAAUCGAACCCGGUAUAUAUAUAUAUUUAAUACUUUAAAGUCUCUGUUAGUUGUGAGAUCACAAAGCCCUCGGCGUGCAUUGAGGAUUCAUUAUUUAGCGAUGACUCACGCCUCACCUUUCACCUGGUGAGGCUGCAGGCGGCGGCUCGGUAGAUACGAGGAACCUGGAACAACGAGGGACGUUGAAAAACUACGUAGGUUGCGACAGCAGGAAAUUAGAUCAAUUAUUUUUUUAAUGCAAAUAAAAAAGGGAGCCGGCGGUGAGCUGCUCGUCCCGUCCGGGUGCAGUUUUUAAAAUGCUUUGCCUCGCCUGGGAAGCGGCGGCUUGUUUUGUCAUCGCCGACGACGACGACGGUAUGAAAUGAAGAUCGGGCCCACUCACUAAUCGCACCGGUGUGACCUGUUUUUAAAACGUGCAACCGAACAUCAGAUCUUUAAAGAUUCAAAAGAGCCAAAUAUAUAUAUAUAUAUAUAUAUUUAGUUCUCUCUCUCUCUGGUUGUCUGAGCUUUUUUUAUGAACGGCAUUUAUAAGAAAUCAGAGAAGAGGCCGCUGAGUAUUUAUUUGUUUUUCCUUCCGUUUGUUCCGAUCGCCAGAGACCAUUUUUAUUGUGAGCACGGCCAGUCGAAAAAAUGUAUACUAAAAAAUCGAAUGCAAAUCAUUUGACACGAAAGCGGUGCCGUGUGAUUUUAAGGGUAUUUAUGCUCUUGUGUCUUAAUGCAUUUUAAAUUAUGGGUGUCGAAGAUGUUGUGACGUGCACCGUCUGUUUUUGUUUGUUGUUUGGGAGGGGUUGUAUUAAAACAUGUUUUUUAAA